AUGCGGCAGCUCCUCAAGUUCCGCGACAUGCUCGUCGCCGGCCGCGGGCCGCUGCUCGACGCGCUCCAGCAGGACCUGCACAAGUCGCACACGGAGGGCUGGAUGAUGGAGCUCAACCAGCUCGAGCACGAGGCCCAGGAGGCCAUCGACUCGCUCGACGCGUGGAUGCGGCCCGAGCGCGUCGGCACGAACGUGGUCAACGUGCCCGGCGCCUCCUACGUGCACUCGGAUCCCCUCGGCGUCGUGCUCGUCAUCGGCGGCGUCAUCGGCGCGUGGAACUACCCCGUGCUCCUGAGCCUCGCCCCGGUGGUCGGCGCCAUCGCGGCGGGCAACGGCGUCGUGCUCAAGCUGCCGAGCGACAAGUACUCGGCCGCGACGUCGGCGGCCAUCGCGGAGCUCGUGGGCGCCUGGCUCGACCCGCGGGGCGCGCGCGUCGUCCGCGGCGACCGCCGCGCGACGCAGGCCGUCCUGGACGCCCGCUGGGACCACAUCUUCUUCACGGGCGGCAAGACCGUGGGCAGGAUGGUCGCCAAGGCCGCGGCGGAGCACCUCUGCCCGACGUCGCUCGAGCUCGGCGGCAAGUCGCCGUGCGUCGUCGACAAGUCCUGCGACGUCGCCGUCGCCGCGCGCCGCAUCUGCUGGGGCCUGUUUACGAACUGCGGCCAGACCUGCGUGCGGCCCGACUAUCUGCUCGUCGACGAGACCGUCGCCGACGCGUUCCUGCGCGCGCUCCGGGCGGAGAUCGCGGCGUUCUACGGCCCUGACGCGUCCCAAUCGCCAUACUACGGCCGCGUCGUCAACGACCGGGCCUUCGACCGCGUCGCGGCGCUCGUGGCCGACGCGCGCGAGUCCGGCGCGGCGGUGCACGGCGGCGCGACGGACAAGGCGACGCGGUACGUCGAGCCGACGCUCGUCGACUACGGGUCGGACGCGGCGGCCUUCGAGGCGUCGGCCCUCAUGGCCGACGAGAUCUUCGGGCCCGUCUGCCCGAUCUUGCGGUACGCGUCCCUCGACGCGGACGCGCUCCCGAUCGUGGCCAAGCGCGAGAAGCCCCUGUGCUUCUACCUCUUCGCCGGCGACGCCAAGGUCCGGGAGAAGCUCCAGUGGGCGACGACGUCGGGCGCCUUCGUCGUCAACGACGUCAUCACGCACCUCGGCGGCUCGCGGCGCAACUCGAGCCUGCCCUUCGGCGGCGUCGGCGAGAGCGGCAUGGGCAACUACCACGGCCACUACAGCUUCAAGACCUUCUCGCACCAAAAGGCCGUGCUCCACAAGACGCCCUACCUCGACCUGCCGGCGCGCUACCCGCCCUACGAUUCCACGAAGGAGACCAUGUUGGCCGUGCUGCAGCACCCGCGCUACGGGCCGGACCGCCUCCUCUCGCUCGUGCCGCCCGCGGUGAAGAAGGCCCUCGGGGUCGCCGCCGCCGUCUACGUCGCCAAGAAGCUCGCCCCCGCGGUCCUCGCGACGGAGUCGGGCCUCCUCCUCGAAAACAGCGGCCUGGCCGGCACUCGCGCAAACAUGAGCCGCUUUUUCCUCCUCGCGGGGCUCGCGGCGACGGCCUCGGGUCUCUUUCGCGACCAGGCCGGCGAGCUCGACUGGCGCGUGGAGAACGUGGGCGCCGUGAGCCACGCCGUCUACCAGCAGCGGCGGUGCUACGCCCUGACGCGCGCCGGCGGCGGCCAGGCCCUCGUCGCGGCGCUCAACACGCGCACGGGCGGCGUCGAGUGGCGGCGGGCGCUGCCGCCGGGCGAGGCCGGCGACGGCGUCGUCGUCGCCGGAAACGCCGCCGUGACGCUCAGCGGCCGCGGGUCGCGGCUCCGCGCGUGGCGCCUCGGCGACGGCGCGCUGCUCUGGGACGCGGCCGCCGCGGGCGGCGCGUCCGGCGCGGCGCUCCUGGCGCUGAACAAGCACGGCGCCGCGGGCGUCGCCGGGAGCGACUGCGUCGUCGUCGCGCUCGGCGGCGACGCGGUCGCGGCGCUCGACUGCGGCGCCGGCCGGCCCGUCGCGGGCUUCCCGUGGUACGCGGAGCCCGAGGACGACGCGAAGCUCGCCGGCGCGCUGCGCUCCGGCGGCGCCAAGGGCGCCCCGCGCGUCCUCUCCGUCGUCGCCGCCGCGGACGGCGCGGGCCUCCUCGCCGCGGGGCUCGCGGGCGACAAGGCCUGGGUCGCGUACCUCGACCCCUUCGCCAAGGGCGGCGGCCACGCGGAGGCGUCCCAGGCCGCCGUCGUCGCGUCGGGCUGCCGCGACGUGGCCCUCGCGAGCCGCUCGGGCAAGGCGCCGCCGCUCCUGGCGUGCCUCUCCGGCGGCGACGACGUCAAAGCCUACGACGCGAUCGCCGCGCUGAACAAGGGCGGCGCCGUGCCGCCGCUCGGGAGCGUCGCCGGCGCCUUGAACGGCGCGGCGGCGGACGCCCUCGCCGCCGAGCCCAACACGGGCAACCGCGUGCUGCGGCUCGCGGGCGGCGGCGCGGCCCGCCUCCUCGGCGGCCUCCGCGACGACGAGAUGGCCUCGGGCGCGCGGACGCCCCUCGUCGCCCUCGGCGACGGGCCCUGCGGCGCGACUUGCGCCUUCGGCGCCUUCGCGACGCCCGUGGCCUUCGCCUCCGGCGGCGGCGACGGCGCCGGCCGCGCGUUCUACGCGUCCGCGGCGCCCGAGGCCGGCGGCGUCGCGACGCGCGUCUUCGAGGUCGGCGGCGCCGCCGUCGGCGACGCCGACGUCGCGCCGUUGGCCGUGGCCGCCCACGGCGCGCCGGCGGCCGUCUUCCCCCAGGUCUUCGACCGCGCGGAGGGCGCGGGUUUGGGGUACCGCGCGAUGGUCGUCACCGCCGCGGACACGGUGGCCAUGGUCGGCGCGGCCAAGCUGUCCUGGGCCCGCGACGAGGCCCUGGCGCACGUCACGUCCGCGGCCUUCGUCGACGCGCCGCCGCUCGAAAGCGCGGCGCCGUCCGAAGGAGCGAUUCCGUCGUUCGCCGCGCGCCUCGCGUCGCAGCGGACCGCGGCCGCGGCCUUCCUCGGGUCCGCGUUCGACGCCCUCUUCUCCAUCUUCAAGGACGCCGCGGCGCUCAAGGAGGCCAAGAAGCUCGCGAACGCGCGGCGCUACGGCUUCGACAAGCUCGCCGUGCUCGCGAACGCGGACGCGGGCAAAGUCUUCGCCGUGGGCAUGCACACGGGCGCGACGGCCUGGUCCGCGCUCGUCCCCAAGAACGCCGCCGUCUCCGUCGUCAAGCGCGGCGACCGGCCCGAGCUCGGCGUCUUCGCGAGGGGCGUCGGCGUGUCGUACCUCGACGCGCACCGCGGCGCGCCGAUCGGCGGCGCGCAGCCGCUGCCCGCCGCGGACGUGUUGAUUCCGACGCGCGCGGUCGACCCCGCGAGCGGCCGCGACGCCUACCUCGCCGCGGCGCUCGAGGACGACGGCGCGGCGCUCGAGGCCGUGCCCGCGGCCGCGGGAGCCGCGAUCGCGGCGUCGCUCGAGGCCGCGCCGCUCCACUUCCACGUCGUCGACGCGGCCCGGGGCGCGCUGCGCUGCUUCAUGGUCGCCCCCGGCGGUUUACGCGCCGUCGAGCUCGGGGCCGUCGUCGUCGCGGGCGGGCCGGGCGACGCGAUCCUCGACGUCGCGUACGGAGACGCCGGCCCCGUGUCGUCCAAGGCGCACGUUUUAGGCGACGACGCGCUGCUCCUCAAGUACCUGAACCCCCACCUCGCCGUCGUCCUGUCGUCGUCGCUGGGCGGCGCGCCGGCGCCGCUGCUCGACGCGAAGUUGCGGGUCGCGGACGUCGCGGCCGAGGACCAAGUCGAACCGCCGACGCUCUACGUGACCUUGGUCGACGUCGUCAAGGCGUCCGUGGCCCACCGCGUCGCCGUGCCCCACGGCGGCGCGCCGGCGAAGGCGAUCCUCAACGAGAACUGGGUCAUCUACUCCUACUGGAACCACAAGGCGAAGCGCGCGGAGCUCGGGUCCCUGAGCCUCCACGAGGGCAUGAUCGAGCGCUUCGGGCUGAGCCCCUUUAAGGUGCCCGAGCAGGAAUCGACGGCUUCCGCCUGGAGCCUGCCGCCGCCCGUCGCGCUCCAGCGGACCUUCGCCCUCCCCAAGCCCGUGACGGCGCUCGGCGCGACGGCGACGUCGCGGGGCAUCGCUAGCAAGCACGUGCUCCUCGGCGUCGAGCCGGGCCAGCUCUCCGCGCUCGACCGGCGCGCGCUCGACCCGCGCCGGCCCAACCUCGACGAGAACGACAAGAGCCGCGCGGCGCGGAAGCGCGUCGAGCGCGAGCUCGACGAGGGCCUCCGGCCCUACGCGCCCUUCGUGCCCCUCGCGCCGCGGUCCGUCGUCACCUACGACCAGCAGAUCCUCAAGCUCAAUGCCAUCUACGCCACGGACGCCAAGCUCGAGUCCACGUCCCUCGUCCUCGCGACGGGCGUCGACGUCUUCGGCUGCCGCCACACGCCCAGCGGCGCCUUCGACCUCAUCGCCGACGACUUCAACUACGCGCUCCUCCUCCUCCUCCUCCUCGGCCUCUCCGUCGGCGCGCUCCUCCUCCGCAAGGCCGCCCAGGCCAAGAACCUCGCCAUCCAGUGGGUCUAGGCGCGCGCGCGUUCGGUUACGCGGUUCUAGCGC